AUGGAAAAAGCAAAUAUCAUGCAUCUCGAGCUUCAAAAUAAGUAUAAGCAAUUGCAGCACGAAUAUGGAGAAGCAAAAGCUUUGCUGGAGGCAAAAAUCACUGACGAGAUUAACUUUGAUCGUGGUAAGCAAAAGUAUGACAGAGAAAUUAAGGACCUGAAGCAGGCGUUGGAAGAAAUGAAGACAGAGGUGGAAGUUGGGAAAAGGGAUUCGACAAGAUUGUCUCAGGAGCUCAAAAACGCAAAGUCCGAGAUAAAUCACCUGAACAAAAUCAAGAGAGGUUUAGAUGUUAAGCUCGCAGAAUAUCAGUUGAAAUCAUCCAAGAGGCCUGAAAGGCAAGAAAAUGCAGAUAUAGGACUUCUUCAAACUAGGCUUGCAUCCGAGGCAUAUGAAAACAGACAAUUAAGAGCUCAGCUCAAGAAGCUAGCUCUUGGAAAGGAGACAGUGUCAGGCGAUCUGUCUGACGAGCUUUCAUCUGAGAGGGCUGCUAAUAGGCGCCUUGAGAAGUUGAACAUUGAGUUACAAAAAGAGCUUCUUUAUUACAAAAACAAUUCUCGUGAGUCUAGAGGGUUAGAACGGUUGGAGGACGACUACAAGUCGAAAUAUCAGCUUGCAGAACUCAAGUUGCAGUCCAUGGAAGACAAACUCAAGAUCUCAUUAUCAGGUCCAUUGAAAGAUCGCACCCACGAGUUUGGUAAUCAAGCUAAUAUUGAGGCUACCGAGAAGAAUCCAAUAAUAGUCAAACAAGAGAAUCUGAGGUUAAGCUCAAUGCUGAACGAGUCUCAAACAAAACUGAGAAGAUUGCAAAUGUGCAAUGCUGCAAACUUUGCGCAACAAGAUCAGUCCAUUCAAUUAAACUCGAAGUUGCAAAUCUUGUCAAACAAAAACCAGUCUUUGCAAGAAUCUUUGGACUUUUAUAAGGCAAGGGCUGAAAACUACUACAGUAAGAUUGAGGCAGCGGAGGUUGCUGUUCAAACCGCCAAACGUGCCGAAGAACUUCUAAGAAAUGAACUGAACCAGACGAAACAAAGGCUUUCCAAGGCACAACAGGAGUACCGCAAUUCAGACCUUACGGUGGCUAAGCUGAACACUCAAAUCAGAGAUCUUGAAAGAGAUUUGUCCGACAAGGUGUUUGAGCUGAGACAGCUGCAAGAAAUGUACAAUGCUCUCAAAGACAAGCAUGAGAAUGCGGAGGAACUUAGAAUGUCCUCGUCUUCCAAUCAAGCGGAUUCAAAAGACCGGGAAAUCAAGCUCUUGAACAACGACUUGUUACAGCUUAUGGACAAAGAGACCGAACUGAACAAACAAAUCAAGAAUGUCACCAUGCAGCUCGAAAGCUCCAAGAAAGAAGUUCGUACCAUCAAGUUCAGCAACAGCGAACUAUUAAAGGAAAAUGAACAGUUCAAGAGAGCACUCACUGAGACGAUGUACAAAAAUGACAAACUCACAAUGGAGAGACAAGAGCACUUGAUGCGAAUAGAAACUCUUACAUCACAAGUUAAGGCCCUUAAAACCUCGAAUGAGGAUCUUCUACAAGAGAGAGAUAGCUUGCUAGAGUCAAAGCGUGAGCUGGAGGUGAAGGUGUCAGACAUCACUGUAGAAUUUGAUAAAUAUCUUGCCAAGGCCAAGGAUGAUGCAGAGAACGCAGCUACAGUUGUUCAACUCCGUGGAGAACUAGAGAAGACAAGCCAAGAGACAUUGGCCCUGAAAGAGAGGCUUCAGCAGCAUACUGAGAAACUGCAAGAAUACGAAGCCAAGAUGGCUGAUCUUCAAAGAGACUCACUGAUGGUGGUGGAGGAAAACAAAGCUUUGACGAAAUUCAACAGACAGCUAAAGACAAAGCUCGACGAUACUAUUUCGGAUCACCAGAAGGAGAUGGAGUCUGAGCGGAAACACUGGACUACCAGAGUUCAAGAACUGGAAGAGAAAAUAUACUUGCAUAAUGCCACCAAGCGUGAUGAAGACCAAAAGCUCUACAACCUUGAGCGUUUGGUCAAGGAUUACGAGCAUCGCGACGAGAUCCAGGCUUCUACUAUUGAACGUUACAAGGAUGAUAUCAAGAAUUUAGAGGAAACGGUGGCAAGGCUUGAUUCGAGUUUGGAGGCUUUGCAGCAGAAGGAAGCUGAAGCCACUCUUCGUGCAAAACGAGCACUGCGGGAGCUUGAUGAUUCAAGAGAAAAGGCUUUACUGUUGGAAAGGGAACUUCUUGACUGGCGUACCAGUAGUACCUAA